CUUCCGCUUCUUCUCUCUCACAAAAUCAAAUCAAACACAUUAACCAUUUCCUCUUCGCCGGGGAAAAUUUUCUGUUCGUCUCUUCUCCGGUAGGCGGUGGUGCGAAAGCAAAAUGUCACCUGCGAUUAAAGCACCGCUCUUGCCGAAGAAAGAGCCUUCAUCAUCAUCAUCAUCAUCAUCGGAGAACCAUGGCUCUUUCGCCGGAGCUGUGUUUAACAUCUCCACAAGCAUCGUCGGAGCUGGAAUUAUGUCGAUUCCGGCGGCGUUUAAAGUUCUGGGUGUCGUCCCAUCUCUCUCCAUAAUCAUGAUCAUAGCUUGGCUCUCCAAUGUAUCAGCUGGGUUUUUGAUGAAGUCAACGCUCGCCGGAGAAUCAACGACUUACGCCGGCGUAAUGAAGGAUUCGUUUGGGAAACCUGGAGCCGUCGCUGUUACCAUUGUUACAAUGGUUGUGACUUUUGGUUCUAUGAUUAUUUUCUCGAUUAUCAUAGGUGAUGUUCUUUCGGGUAAUGAAAAGGAUGGAAUUGUACAUUUGGGUCUUCUUCAAGAAUGGUUUGGUUUCCAUUGGUGGAAUACGAGGUUCUUUGGUUUGUUCUUCAUCUUUGUCUUCCUCUUGCUUCCUUUAGUCCUAUGUAGACGCAUAGAAAGACUAGCAUUUAGCUCUGCAGUCUCGUUUCUGCUUGCCUUACUCUUUGUUGUCAUAAGCUCGGUGUUGGCGAUUAUCGCAAUCAUUCAAGGGAAAACAAAGACUCCAAGACUCUUUCCAGAACUCAACGAUGGUGGAUUAUCAUUUUUCAGUCUCUUCACUGCUUCCCCUGUUAUUGUAACAGCAUUCACAUUUCAUUUUAGUGUCCAUCCAGUUGGAUUUGAACUCAAGGACCCGUUAGAUGUGCUUUCAGCAACGAGGAUCUCUGUGAUUCUAUGCGCUACUAUCUACUCAGCUACUGGUCUUUUCUGUUACCUUCUGUUUGGGGAUUCCACCAUGUCAGAUGUUCUAAUGAACUUUGAUCAAACCACCAAUUCUUCCAUUGGUUCAUUGCUAAAUGACAUUGUUAGAGUCAGCUACGCCAUUCACCUCAUGCUUGUGUUUCCUUUACUCAACUUCUCUUUAAGGGCCAACCUCGACGAACUCUUGUUCCCUAUGAAACUUUCUUUAGUGGAAGACAACAAAAGAUUCUUCGGACUCACUUUUCCGUUACUGAUAUCUUGUUUCUUGGGUGCGAUUGCUAUACCAGACAUUUGGUACUUCUUUCAGUUCUUAGGAUCAACUUCUACAGUCUCUAUAGCAUUCAUCUUUCCGGCUGCUAUUGUCCUAAGGAAUGUAAAUGGUUUCUCGACUUUAAGAGAGAAGAUUGUAGCUUCAGUAAUGCUUGUUCUUGCUGUUGCCACAAGUAUCAUCGCCAUUUCCACAAAUAUAUACACUUUCACAGCAACAGAAGAGACAUGAGAACUGAGAAGCUUUGAGCAGUCCCUUCUCUUCAUGAAUUUGUUCAUUGGUGGGACUUGUGUUGCAUUUAUUCAUUUCUAUGUAAAAUAGGUUUGCCCGAAAAAGAUGUGUAGUGUGUAGCAACUUCAGGGAAAAUGUCAUGUAUUUGGAAAAAGAACAGAUUAAACAAAAUAUUGUUUCAUUUACGCCAAAGCCUCAUAUGUACUAAUGACCAGAGAAUCGUUUUUAUAGAGAUAAUAUCUGAA